GUCGGCAGCUGAUUUUCGUCAGCCCGCCAGUCGAGACUUCUGCCGCCCCUAGGAUGCGGACUUCCCUGAGAUCGCGCUGAGAUUUGAGUUCCUGCCAAACGAUGUUCGUGCGGCUGUGGCACAGGAAUUUCCACAUUCACUACCUGCUCCUCGUCAUUAGCCUGGUCACGCUCAUUGUGUACCUUUCGCUGCCCUUUCGCUUCGCCUCGCACUACGACUACAUCGAGGGAUCGCAGAUCGAGGAGGCUCUGGUGCAGCAGGUCACCCGGAAUGUGUCUCUGCAGGAGGUGUUUGAGUGCACCUACUCGGAGAUUAUUGCGGCCAACAGGUUCGUUUACAACCUGGCCCACUACCACGAGGCGGUUCACAACGGCGGCGAGAUUCAUCCUGGCGGCGAGUUCCGGCCGGAGCAGUGCCAGGCCCGUUACAGCACUGCCAUCAUUGUGCCCUACAGGCAACGGGAGGAGCAGCUGCACGCCUUCCUCACCUACAUGCACAAUUACCUGCGCCAGCAGCUGAUCCACUAUCGAAUUUUCCUAGUGGAGCAGUACGACCACAAGCCCUUCAACCGGGCGAUGCUCUUCAACAUCGGCGCCCAGGUUGCGGCGGAGUACGGCUUCCCGUGUCUGAUCCUGCACGACGUGGACCUGCUGCCGCUCAACUCGGGUCAGAUGUACGCGUGUACGGAGAAGCCACGGCACAUGUGCUCCGCUUUGGAUCACUGGCGUUUCCGACUGCCCUACCGCGGCCUCUUUGGUGGUGUGGUGGCCAUCAAUACCGUCCAGUUCCAGCAGAUUAACGGAAUGUCCAAUCUGUACCACGGCUGGGGCGGCGAGGAUGAUGAUCUCUACGAGCGGCUAGUGGCUCUGGGGAUCGAUAUCUGCCGCUUUGCGAUGGAGUUUAGCGAGUACACAAUGCUGAAGCACAAGCCGGAGAAGCCCAACAAGAACCGGGUGGCCCUGCUCCGGGCCGCCGCUCUCCGGCAGCACUCGGAUGGACUCAACUCGCUGGUCUACAAAGAGGUGGAGCGACGCAUGCACAGCUUGUUCACACACAUCCUGGUGGAGACCUGAGAGCGCUGCCUGCUAGUAUUUGUUAUUUAUGUAGCUUGUAGGCCAAUCGUUUACUCAGUUUUAGACUUUGGGUGCACUUAGCUUAGCAGCCGCCUUAGACAAUGCGUUCCGAAUCGAUAUCGUGAUAUCUCCACUCACUAGGCUAAGAAGCUGGGAAGGCUGGACGGGAAACGAUGAACAACCGAAUAUGUUAAGGGAAGUACAAUGCGCUAAUCAUCUUUGAUUGAAGAUGUAUCGCCAAAGAUAUCAGCCAUGUUAAGCACGCUCUGCCUCUGAUAAUAAUAAAUGGAUAAAUAAGUA